GGAGACUGAGUUGUUUCAGAGGCUGCCCCUGGUUUCAGGAAUCCAGCCCUCACUGUGGAGCAAGGACGACGUGAUCCACUGGCUAAGAUGGGCUGAGAAAGAGUAUUCCCUUCGGCAAACUGACGAAAGCAAGUUUGAAAUGAACGGCAAAGCCCUGUGCAUCCUCACCAAGGAUGACUUCAGAUACCGAGCUCCAAGCUCAGGUGAUGUGUUAUACGAAAUACUCCAGUACAUUAAGACUCAAAGAAGAGCUCUGGUGUGCAGCCCUUUGCUGAACUCACCCUUCAGGGAAACCAGGAGCACAGAGGAAGGGACAGACUGUAGUGCUGAGGCUGCCCCAGUUGCUGUUUCCUCCUGCCUGGGUUGUGCAGAACAGCCUGUGUCCUGCAGCCACGCAGAGCCGUUAAACCUCUCCCAUCACAGCUCAGAGGGCAGCUGCAGGGCAGAUGCCAUCUGCUCUUGUCCUACAACCCUGUCGGCCCCAGUUGAUGGGAAAAUUGCAGACUGCAGGUUGCUGUGGGAUUAUGUGUACCAGCUCCUCUCCGACAGCCGCUAUGAGCCUUACAUCAAGUGGGAAGACAAGGAAGCCAAGGUCUUCCGGGUCGUUAACCCAAACGGACUUGCCCAGCUCUGGGGGAACCACAAGAACCGGAUGAACAUGACAUAUGAGAAGAUGUCACGAGCGCUCAGACAUUACUACAAACUCAACAUCAUCAAAAAGGAGCCAGGGCAGAAGCUGUUGUUCAGGUUUUUGAAGACUCCUGGGGAGAUCAUCCAUGAGAAAUCCAGCAAACUGGAGCAGCUGGAGAACGAGGACCAUGAAGAUUUGAAAGAAGACACACUGGAGGUUUCACCGUAGGACAUCUUUGAAGGUGGCACUUGCAGUGCAUCGCAGACAGACUUGUGCUCUGCUGGGAAGUGCUGGCGUCUCUUGCACCUCCUGGACAGAAGGCCACAGAGCUGGUCCUGGAGUUCAAAACCUGCCCUGAGCCAAAGCUGUGACAUCUCCAGGGCUUCAUUAGCAAAACACACCCAGAAACUGUCCCCUAGCCCCGAAAGCGCAGGUGAACGUGUGGGCUGGUCUUCUGCUUGCUUCUCUUCUGUCCUCGGGGAGGGAAUGUGAUGGUUUUGCUCUGUAAAUUUUGAUGCUUGUCUUUAAGGUUCAAACUUGCUGGUAAAGACUACUCUGUUCUUACAGCGAGAUGUGCUGAACAGAGCACCGGAGCACAUGCUCUGGGUCAAACAUCUACCGAAGCGCUUUUGCAGCGAGCAGUGGCCCUAAGCGUGAACACGCUGCUCUGAACCUGAGCCAUUUCCCCAAUCUGAGAACAGACUUACACAGAUAUACUAUACACGGCAAUCUCGCUGUCUCCUGUGGGGUUGCUUCUGUGAUUAAGGAUGGGAAUGUGCUGAAAUAUCUGCCUGGAUCAGGCCUGGCUGGAGCUCCAGGCUGCAUGGAUGCCCUAAGCUGGGUCUUAUUUUAACUCCUUUCCCUCCAUGUAAUGCUUUUUGUACUUAGCUGACUAAAUAAUGUGAAAAGAAACGAAGCCAGUAAUGAAUAAGACCACACUCAUCGUCAGACACGCGGUUAUUUGCUUUGAGUCCGAAGCAGGAAUACCUGCAACCCCAGGCACUGUUCCUGAUCUGGAAGGAACAGUGUGUGUGUUUUUUAAAUCCAAAAAUAUCACUAAUGUUUUCAGAUUGCUUUUCAUUGAGGAAAUAAAAUCCUGUGACUGUAAGGUUCAAAAUCCUA